AUAAAAAACAAGCGAGUGCAAACGUCAUAUGUAUGCAUAGAACCGGCAGAAAUUUUUGUUGUGGCAUUUCAACAAAAGUCACAAAAGGAUUGUUAUAAAAAAUACAAAUAUCUUCUAAAGGGUUCUUAAAAAUAUUGUGGGCGCAGAGGUUCCCUGAUAACUGAAAUCCUCCAUUAAAUAGGAAGAUUAAAUUUGGGCCGCCGUGCAACGCAACAUUCAUAACCUUAAAUGAAUUGCAACGAAGUGCUGACAUAAAGUUAUAACGUCAUCAACGAUAUCACAUCAUAACUGCUUUAUCAAUUAAUAGUAAUAAAAAAUGACUGAGAAAAUAACGAAAUUGGCCUUAGCAAGUCGGGUAAUUAUAUUGGUUUUGCAGCUGCUUGUCAACCACCUGCUGCCCGAUCACAAAACAGAUGUAUUCCGCUCACCUAUUGCACAACAAAUAACCCAACAGCAUAUAGAUUUACUUGAAAAUAAUGCAUACAACAUUCAUAAUGGGACUGAUGCGUCUUGGCUAGAUCGAACAGUGAAAUUCUUAUUCGGUGGCAUGCGUCAUUGGGAUGGCGAAUACUUCUUACAUAUUGCGGAAUACUCCUACUCAUACGAGAAUACGCUUGCCUUCUAUCCACUAUUUCCGUUAGUAGUGCGCGCCGGUGCCAAUGCUUUAUACGCCCUUAAUAUGGGUGUGUCGUUGCGAAGUUGGUGCUUAGUGAUAGCGGUACUAGUCAAUGUGUUUUGCUUCUGCAAAGCAGCCAACGCGCUCUACGCACUUACACAACGAAUAUUCAAAGAUCCCAACAAAAGUUGGAAUGCAGCUCUAUUAUUUUGCUUCAAUCCCGCUUCGAUAUUUUUCACUGCCGCUUAUUCUGAGGCUCUUUUCUGUUGGUUAUCACUGCACUUAAUGCUGGAAUGUGUAUCCGAGUUCCGUUUUGUGCGUACAACUUUAGCACUGGCGCUGUCGAUGGUUAGCCGAUCAAACGGUCUACUCAACGCUGGCUAUCCUAUAUACUUUAUGCUACGCCACAGUAUACUAAAGUCAUAUCAUCGCUGUUUUGCCACAAUAAAAUUAUCAUUGUGUCUACUAGGAGCACUUUUGCCACUUACUUUUUUCUAUUUUUAUGCAUUCGAGCAGUUCUGUUUGCCAGAUCGGACAGUAGUGCAUGCCCCGGCCGUUUUACAAUAUGGACGCGAGAAGAAUUAUGUAUUAGCUGGUCAUCGGAUGCCACAAAGUUCUCCAUGGUGUGAUAAUACUUUCCCAUUUCCUUAUUCCUACAUACAAUCGCACUACUGGAAUGUCGGUUUCCUACGUUACUACGAACUGAAGCAGUUGCCGAACUUUUUAUUAGCGUUGCCGGUGCUGGGAUUUUUGCUUUAUCACUGCUUCAAAUACCUAAGACAUUUCCUGCGUACGCUGUUGCCACGCUAUCCAAUCGUGCAGCUAUUGAAGGAAUAUAAAUCUUUGCCAUUUGUGCUGCACGCGUUAAUACUCACACUAUUUUGUACUUUCUUCGUGCACAUACAAAUAUCGACAAGACUACUUUGCUCAGCAACGCCGUGUCUUUAUUGGUUUGCUGCCGAUCACCUGCCCAAGACAUUUGAUCAAAUCAAAUUGCGUUCGAAGGCUGGCUCUAUACUAGUAUGGUUUACAAGUUACUAUUUAAUAGGUACAGCGCUAUUUUGCAAUAAUCUGCCUUGGACGUAAACUACCGUUAGCGGUCUGUUUAAAUUACAUACAGAUAAGUCGUGCUGUUAAAGAGAACGCAAUACAAGUGGCAAGGUUGUGCUAUUAAACAUUGAAUGCAUAAAUCACGCAAAGCUUCGCAACUCAAAAUUUCCAUUACAUCAUUUCAUCAUAGGCACAACCAAUGGAAAUAGCUGUAACAUAUAUUGCUGCGCCCACUAACCAAAAAAGCAAUCAAACUAAAAUUACCUAAAAAAUCAAAUUGACUAAAUAUUUUAAAGCUUAUUUUUUAUUUUAAAUUAAUUAAUUUAUUAUAUUUUGAAAACCUGUACGAAUGUUGUCUUACACAAAUGUUGCAAAUGUUGAAUUUUUAGAAUGCAAGUAAAUCUGAAUUAGUAUGUGUGUAUAUAUUUAUUUAAGACUGCAUACAAGUGUAAACGAAAUACC